AACAUGGCGGCGGCGGUAGAUUAGGGCCGCGGGUCUGAGCUGCUGCCGCCGCCGCCGCCGCCGCCUGGGGAGCCUUUUGGGAGCCGCCGCCGCCGCCGCCGCCGCCGCCGCGUCUUUCACCUCCUCUGGGGCUGGGGCCUGGGCCAGGUCUUCCACAUCUGUAAGCAGACUUUUUGGAGCUCCACCGGCCAACCCCAUGGCGUCCUCUGCUACAGUGCCUCUGGGAUUUCACUAUGAAACCAAGUACGUUGUUCUCAGCUACUUGGGACUCCUCUCUCAGGAGAAGCUGCAGGAGCAGCAGCUUUCCUCACCCCAAGGGGUUCAACAAGAUAUAGCUUCACAAUCUCUGGAUCAAGAAGUUUUAUUAAAAGUUAAAACUGAAAUUGAAGAAGAGCUAAAAUCCUUGGACAAAGAAAUUUCUGAAGCCUUCACCAGCACGGGCUUCGACCGACACACCUCUCCAGUGUUCAGCCCUGCGAAUCCCGAGAGCUCCGUGGAGGACUGCCUGGCUCACCUGGGGGAGAAGGCGCGGCAGGAGCUCGGGGCGUCUCUGCAGGGCGCGGUGCAGCUGCUCCUCAGCCGGCCAGUGACAUAUCAGGCAUUUCGGGAGUGUACAGUGGAGACCGCAGUUCAUGCCAGCGGCUGGAACAAGAUUUUGGUGCCUCUGAUUCUGCUGCGACAAAUGCUUUUGGAGUUGACGAGACGUGGCCAGGAGCCUCUGAGUGCGUUGCUGCAGUUCGGUGUGACGUACCUGGAGGACUACGCAGCGGAGUACGUCGUCCAGCAGGGCGGCUGGGGCACCGUCUUUAACCUGGAGUCGGAGGAGGAGGAGGAGCCACCGGCAAGUGUGGCGGAAGACAGCAACGACAUUUACAUCCUGCCCAGCGACGGCUCCGCGCACGUCAGUCCUCCCGAGUCCCCGGCGGCCACCGCCUCGUGGCAGGCGGAGAGCCUGCCGGUAUCCCUGUCGGCCAGCCAGAGCUGGCACACGGAGAGCCUGCCGGUAUCGCUGGGGCCUGAGUCCUGGCAGCAGGUCACAGUGGACCCUGAAGAAGUGAAAAGCUUGGACAGCAACGGGGUCGGCGAGCGGAGCGAGAACAACUCCUCCAACUCUGACAUCGUGCACGUGGAGAAGGAGGAGGUGCCCGAGGCUGGGGAGGGGGCUGGGGGGCCUGGCGGGGAGGGGGCGGCAGGAGGGGGCGCCAGCCCCGCGACGUCGCUGUUCGUGGAACUCGGUGAAGAAGAGGUGGACGCAGCCGCGGGACCUGCUGCCCCAGAGCAGGAGGGGGUCCCCGCGCCGCACGGAGAGGAGGGGCUGCCCCUGGGAGAGGCAGGGCCCGGCCCUGCCAGCAAGGAGAAGGCUGGCCUGCUGCCCGAGGGCAAGUCCCUCCUGCUCUUCGGAGGGGCAGCUGCGGUUGCCUUUCUGGCGGUGGCCGUCGGGGUGGUACUGGCUCUGAGAAAGAAAUAGACUUUUCAGAGAAAAAGGACAAAAGGAGUGAGGUUUUAGUUGCGUUGAUUGAAUUUGAACUGCCAGCAGCUGGCUGGACGUUUGUGGGACACUGGGGGCUUCUGGUCAGCACGGUCUGGGCCGGCCACACAAACUGGGGCUGGAGGUGGAAAGUGUCUGUCAUCUGUCUGGCUGGAGGCUCCCAGGCCCGGGCCCUUGCUCAUCCAGGUCUUUUGUGAAGAGCUCCCCCACCUCGAUGUUGGCACCCCACCCUCUGCCUCUGCCCCUGAGCGCCAGGAGCACCUUCCCCGACGUUGCCAAAUGUCCCCUGGGGGAGAGCCAUCCCGCUGACUGAGGAGGGUCUAGGAUAGGAGCUCCCAGGCAAGCGGGCCCAGCUGUGGGCUCCUGGGCCCGUGACCCUGGCGUCUCCUCUCCUGAUGCACACGCUGUGCUUUGCAGCCGGGCGUCCUCCGCCCCAGUCCCCUCCCCCUCCCCAGCCCGCAGCGCAAGGUGCCCUGCGGGGUCUCAGGUACGGCCGCCCCUCCCCCUCCCGGAGAGGGCUUCCCGAGGCCUCAUCCCUGCUGCUUCCUGCAGUUCCCCUUGUAAAGACGCUGCCUUUAGUCAUGUUUAAAACCAUACAUAAGAAAUGAAAGAGACAUGGCUGCGGGGAAGUCUGCCCGGUUCGGAAGCGGGAGGGUGGCUUAGCUGACCUGCUGAAGUUCUUCUGGCCCUGUCUCUGUGGCCACGGACAGUUACUGCCCGUCACUGUGACCAGGACCUGGCCUGAGUCUUCUUCCCAGUCAGCCAGCAGCUCUGCGGCCUCUUGGCCACGUGCUGAGGAUUCCUGUACUUGGGCUUACGGAUCAGUUGAAUCAUAACUCUUACUAAACACACAGUCUCCUAAACAUUGAAAUGAGAAGCAGGGAGAGGCUGCCCUCAGGGUCGGGUCUGGCGCUCAUUUCAGGGCAGAGGCCCCUCUGCUGACAGCACAGUCCGGGCGCCGGGCACUGAACCAGACGUCUGGUCACCAGCAGGCUUGCCUGCUGACUGCUGCUGACCGCGUCCCCAGGGGGCUGUCUACUCGUGCCGAGGGUCAGUGUCACUGACGGGACACACAUGUUCGAGACAGGCCAUCUCAGAUUCAUCUUAGUAAAUGUAACGUUACUUUUUAGAUCCUGAAAUUUGUAAUAAAAUUACUUUACCUAUCCUGAUCACCAAAA